UCCGAAGGAGGGCCCUGAUGACGCGCAGGAGCCAAUGGCGGCGGCGCGGCCGUCGCCGAGAGGGCGGUGCGGCCAAUGAGGCGGCCGGAGGCGAGGCUCGGUGUCAAAUAGCAGGAUAGAUUGAAUGCCUUUGCCUGUUAAAGUGGAAGGAGGCUGCAGGGCUCCAGUGGAGGCCGCCUCGGAGUUUUUCACUGAGGCAGGGGUCAGCUGAAAGACAAAGAAAAAUGGCGAAUAGUUUGGUGGGGGGGCCGCGGUUCGCCCUCGCCCCGGAGUGGACCUUCUCGGCUCCUGGCUCAGCAUCUCCUUCGCCUUUUGUUUCCCCCGUCCUUGGGGGGGAGGGCUAGCAGUGACUUAAUUUCUCCCUGUCCGAGGAGAGAUAUAAAUAGCUCCAUGUAAAAUUAAUGCAGUUCCCGCAGUCUCUGAUCUGCAUGUUACCAACUUCUCCAGAUUGUAUUUAUGAUUUUUAAACCAGUUGUGGAUUCUGGCAAGUGUGUUGUUAACUGGCAAGCAUGAGAGCCUUGGAAUUGUGGGGUCUAUUCUGACUCCAUCCAGCAGAAGUACAGAACUGUACAGGGAAGUCGAAGGUGAAGGUGAAGGAGGGGACAUCGGAGAGGCCUAGACAAAGCAGCCUACGGGAACCCAAAAGUUUAGAUGGGGAAGCUGAUGACGCUGAGGCUCAGAGAGAUUAAGUGACUUCCCCAAGGUCACACAAAUAAAGAAACUGAGGCUUGGCAUGGUGAAGUGAUUUUUCAAGAGCAUACAGCUGAUCAGUAGCAGAUUACCAGAAUGUCCACUGAUGGAGGGUUUGGCAGUACCAGCAGCAGUGAUGCUCAGCAGAGUCUACAGUCCUUUUGGCCUCGUGUCAUGGAAGAAAUCCGAAAUUUGACAGUGAAAGAUUUCCGUGUGCAGGAGCUUCCACUAGCUCGUAUUAAGAAGAUCAUGAAACUAGAUGAAGAUGUAAAGAUGAUAAGUGCUGAAGCCCCUGUGCUUUUUGCCAAGGCUGCCCAGAUAUUCAUCACUGAGUUGACAUUACGGGCCUGGAUCCACACAGAAGACAAUAAACGCCGGACUCUCCAGAGAAAUGACAUCGCUAUGGCGAUUACAAAAUUUGACCAGUUCGACUUUCUCAUCGAUAUUGUUCCAAGAGAUGAACUGAAACCUCCCAAGCGUCAGGAGGAAGUGCGCCAGUCUGUGACUCCCGCAGAGCCUGUCCAGUACUACUUCACGUUGGCCCAGCAGCCCGCGGCGGCUGUCCAGGUCCAGGGCCAGCAGACUGGCCAGCAGACCACCACCUCCACCACCACCAUCCAGUCAGGACAGAUCAUCAUUGCCCAGCCUCAGCAGGGCCAGACCACCCCAGUGACGAUGCAGGUUGGAGAAGGCCAGCAGGUGCAGAUCGUCCAGGCCCAGCCGCAGGGCCAGACGCAGCAGGCACCGAGCAGCACAGGACAGACCAUGCAGGUGAUGCAACAGAUCAUCACCAACACGGGGGAAAUCCAGCAAAUUCCGGUGCAGUUAAACGCCGGCCAGCUGCAGUAUAUCCGCUUAGCACAGCCUGUAUCAGGCACCCAGGUUGUUCAGGGACAGAUCCAGACUCUUGCGGCUAGUGCACAGCAGAUUACACAGACAGAGGUCCAGCAAGGACAGCAGCAGUUCAGCCAGUUCACAGACGGACAGCAGCUGUACCAGAUCCAGCAGGUCACCAUGCCAGCAGGCCAGGACCUCGCACAGCCCAUGUUCAUCCAGUCGGCUAACCAGGCCUCUGACGGGCAGACCCCUCAGGUGACGGGUGACUGAGCCCAGCUGGGGCCUCACCCAGCACAGCCAGCGCACGGGGCCAUACAGACUCCAUUUCUGCCACUGUGGCCUGGCUUGAGUGUCCCACCACCCCCAGAGCCUCCCACAGGCAAAGACACUGGUGCACAUAGCCCAUGCUGUGGGCUAGGAAAUCGCCAACUGAAAGAUGCAAUAUUUUUUCAUUUCCUUUUUGUCUUUUUUUGUUUUGUUGUUUUAUAAAGGAAUCAAUAUUUCAGUAUGUUGAGCUGUAUGUCCAAUGCGAUUGAAAUGGGAAAUAUUCAAUAAUAUAUUUAUAACAUUUUCUUGAGGUGUGCCUACAAAAGGCUGUCCUCCUCAUGCCCCUUCUUCCCAAAAGCAGCUCUCCAGGUGUGGGAGUAGCUCUCACAACAGCUGCCUUAACCUUACUUGCCACCUCUGGCUAAUGCACCCAUUCCCCUAGGUCACUGGGUGGUCGGUUGGCCGGUUCUCCCCCUGCCCCUGUCCAGAACGAAGCAUCCGCCUCUGGAAGCUGCAGGAACAGUUUUCGUGUUCAAAGAUGAACUUGCCUCCAGGCACACUGUCUCAUUUCUUCUGGACCCCCUCUGUCCCAGGGAAACUGGGGCUCUCCUUCUCUUUCUUCCCUCCACCUGCCCACCCCCUAUUUUCUCCCCUCAAGAAGCAAAUGAAUAAUUGUGCUCGUCUCCUUCGCUGCAUGGACUUCAAACUGCAUGAAUUGAAAUGCAAUGAAUAAAGCUCCUUUUUAGAGAA